AUGCGAAAAACAUUAAAUUUUCCCGCAAACAACACCGNAACCUACGAUCCCGAAAACCCAAUCUCCGACCAUCAAAACCCAACCUCCGACGAAACAUACGCCCAAAACCUCCAACUGCAAGAAGUCAUAGUGUCCUCCCUAACCCGCACUGAACACCUCUCUCUGCAACUGCAAAUCCCAUGCGAAAUAUGCGCCGAGACCAAAAACGACGUCGUCGACUUCUUCCCCGUCCUAAACUGCCCCCACAAAUUCUGCACCGACUGCAUCUCCAAACACGUGACCGUCAAAGUCCAAAACGCCACAAUCCCUACCAACGCCGCCAUCCCCUGCCCGUGCCCGGGCUGCAAGGGCUGGCUCGAGGCGGGCUCGUGUCGGGCCGUCGUGGGCCCGGAAGUUCUGGUCAAGUGGGACCGGGCUGCUUGCGUGUCAAUUUUCCCGCCAUCACAGAUUUUCUACUGUCCGUACAAGAGCUGCUCGGGAAUGCUGGUGAUUAAGGAACGCGAUGAUGAUGAUGAUGAUGAUGAAGGUGAAAUAGAGAAAGCGGAGUGUUUGUACUGCAAUAGGUUUGUGUGCGUCAAGUGUAGGGUGAGGUGGCACUCUGGGAUUGGUUGCGAGGAGUUUUUGGCUCUCGGGGAGGAUGAGAGGGAGGCAGAGGACCUGGCGCUGCAUGAGCUGGCGAAGAAGAAUGAGUGGCAGAGGUGUCCUAAAUGUGCGCAUUUCAAUUCUGCUAUGCAUGUGGGGAAGCUUGGAGUUCUACUCAUGGCGGUUGCAGGUGACCGUCAUGCUCGUUUUGCACUAUAUGCAGCCCUUUCUGAAGGUGAUUUUCUCGUCACUGCUGCUGGUUAA